AAGUAUUACUAAACCCACAACAGUAAAAUCAGUCUGUAUAUGCAGUAAAGCAUGCUUGUUAUACUCACUGUGAAACCUAAGGACUAAUCCUCUGCACUGUGUAAAUAUGCUGUUUGAUCUUGACUUCUCUGAUCCUCCCCUUCUUCCACUUUCCCUCUCUUAUCUCCCGAGAAGACAUAUUGUGUCACUCUGCACAUGCUCAGUUUGGUGUGUAUUGCUUCAGAGUUUUUUUGUUUUUUUCUUGGGAGAGUGCAUGAGAUCAGCACAGGGCAAAUCAGUACUGUCCAGACAGAGGUCAGGA